GCGCGCCCAAAGCAUAUGAUACUCUUCCGGAAGACGGAAGAGCACCACAAUAAAACGCGUUGCUUGCUUUCCCAUCAGCAACGUGCCUGCAAACCUCCACGUAAAACCCGACGACAACAACAACCAACAACAACCAACAACAACAACACAACAAUGCUGCAUCCUGAAGUCUGCGUUCAGCAGAAAAUCCCCUGCGUCUUCACGGUCUCCGUGUUUCCCUGCCCCGCGUCAAAACGGCGCGACCAGCCGUUUAAAGUCUUGGCUACUGAGGAGUUGAACCCGGACGCCGUAGAGUCUGGGGUCGCAGCCGCCGUGGCCACCGAGAAGGUGGACGGCACGUGCUGCUAUGUGACCGAGCGCGCAGGGGCGGCCUGCCUGUGGGCUCGGCUCGACAGGAAGCCCAACAGGGCUGCCGCCCGACGAUUCGCUGCCCACCGAGCGGCCAAGCACCUAGCGGUGUUCCGCUGGAACGUGGAGCGAGAUCUGCGUGCGGUGCCGGACUCGUGGGUGCCGGCGCCGGGCGUCACGGACUCGGAGGGGAGAGCCACGCCCGAUGGGAACGGGCACCUUCUGGGGUGGGUGCCGGUGGAUGGGAUGAGCUCCCAGCACCGGUGGCACGCAGCGGCGUUGUGUCACCGGUGCCGGCGUGCCCUGGUCCUGCAGGGAGCGCCUCGCCGGGGAGGGGACGCCCAGCCGUGCCGACAACAGCACCAGCAGCCGGCCAAUCAGCGGCAGCACCGGCAGCAGCAGCCGGCCAAUCGUGAGCCGCUGGUCCUCGCGGCGCUGCCCCUCUCGGAGCUCACUGGCCAAUCGCUGGAGCUCAUCGGCACGCACGUCAACGGCAACCCCUACGGCCUGGGCAGCUCCCAGAAUCCCACGCACCUCCUGGUGCCGCACGGCGGCCUGCCGCUGACGCGGCCUCCCGCCGUGACGCUAGCAGACGUCGGGCGCUGGCUCGGUGGGGCCCCGGACGGAGCGGCCCCUGGCGGAGCGGCCCCUGACGGAGCGGCCCCUGACGGAGCGGCCCCGGACGGAGCGGCCCCGGACGGAGCGGCCCCGGACGGAGCGGCCCCGGACGGAGCGGCCCCGGACGGAGCGGCCCCUGACGGAGCGGCCCCGGACGGAGCGGCCCCUGACGGAGCGGCCCCUGACGGAGCGGCCCCUGACGGAGCGGCCCCUGACGGAGCGGCCCCGGACGGAGAGGCCCCUGACGGAGCGGUGGAGGGCGUCGUGUGGAUCACUCCAGACGGCCGACUCUUCAAGGUUCACCGUCACCACCUGGGUCUGCGCUGGCCGCUGGAGUUGCCGCUCCUCUGUGCCCGCCCGGUGCUCGUCCAGGUCCAAGCCUGCCGCCCAGACACCGGCGGUGGUGGUGGUGGUGGUUAUGGUUGUAUCGCUCGCCACAGCGGCGUCACGCUGCCCAGCCUGAGGCACCUGCUGCCCACAGAGCUGCCCACUGAGCUGCCCACAGAGCUGCCCACUGAGCUGCCCACAGAGCUGCCCACAGAGCUGCCCACUGAGCUGCCCACAGAGCUGCCCACGGAGCUGCCCCCGGAGCUGCCCACAGAGCUGCCCACUGAGCUGCCCACAGAGCUGCCCACUGAGCUGCCCACAGAGCUGCCCACUGAGCUGCCCACGGAGCUGCCCACAGAGCUGCCCACUGAGCUGCCCACAGAGCUGCCCACUGAGCUGCCCACAGAGCUGCCCACUGAGCUGCCCACAGAGCUGCCCACAGAGCUGCCCACAGAGCUGCCCACAGAGCUGCCCACAGAGCUGCCCACAGAGCUGCCCACAGAGCUGCCCACUGAGCUGCCCACUGAGCUGCCCACAGAGCUGCCCACUGAGCUGCCCACAGAGCUGCCCACAGAGCUGCCCACUGAGCUGCCCACUGAGCUGCCCACAGAGCUGCCCACUGAGCUGCCCACAGAGCUGCCCACGGAGCUGCCCACGGAGCUGCCCACUGAGCUGCCCACUGAGCUGCCCACUGAGCUGCCCACAGAGCUGCCCACUGAGCUGCCCACUGAGCUGCCCACAGAGCUGCCCACUGACCUGCCCACUGAGCUGCCCACAGAGCUGCCCACUGAGCUGCCCACAGAGCUGCCCCACAGAGCUGCCCACUGA